CAUUUUUAACAUUUCAUGAAAGCAGUUUCUAAUGCAUUCUUGCUGGCCUCAAAUUAUCUUGCAGAGAUAUGCAUUUAGCUAGGUAGCUAGCUGUUUUGUUGAAAAGAAUCAGCAUAUAUGUAUACACCUAAAUAUUUAUUGGCCUGAUAUAACCAAUACAAAGACUUCGUUGGUUAUAAAUGAUAGUAGAUACUGCAAUAUCUUUUGUCUCUGAAUAAUAGUCAUAGAGAUUAGAGAUCAUCUUUGCUGGUUUCUCUCUCCACCAUGGAUUAUACUCUUUUUGCUCCCACAUUCUUCUCUUGUUUCUUCUUUUUCUUCUUUUUCUUCUUCUUCUUCUUCUUUAUUUCUGCAGAGGGUAUCCGGUCUGAUAAAAUGCUUUCUGAAGAUGAGCUCAAGAGCUACUCUCAACUUGAUCUUCCAGGAGUCAUUGGCCCAGAAAGCAUUGCCUUUGAUUGCAAUGGCAAAGGGCCAUAUGUUGGUGUAUCUGAUGGUAGAAUCCUCAAAUGGCAAGGACCAGACCAGGGUUGGGUAGAGUUUGCUGUUUCCUCAUCUACCAGGGAAAGGAAAGCAUGUGAUGGCUCAACAGACCCUAACAAGGAAACCAUUUGUGGAAGACCACUAGGCCUCAAAUUCAAUCCUACAACUUGUGAUCUCUACAUUGCAGAUGCCUACUAUGGACUUCUAGUGGUAGGACCAAAAGGAGGUGUUCCAACACUACUUGCUGCUUCAGCUGAAGGAGUCCCCUUCAGAUUCACCAAUGCUUUAGACAUUGAUCCCAAAACAGGAGUGGUUUAUUUCACUGACAGUAGCAUUUACUUCCAGAGAAGGGUAUAUAUCUUGGCAAUCAUGAGCUCUGACAAAAGUGGAAGGUUAUUGAAGUAUGAUCCAAAUAGCAAGAAAGUAACAGUACUCUUCGAAGGCUUAGCGUUUCCAAAUGGUGUGGCUCUGAGCAAAGACAAUUCUUUUAUUAUAGUUGCAGAAUCAGGCAGAAUGAAAAUCCUGAAGUUUAAGCUUGUAAAUACUGAAAUUCAAGCCCCAGGAGAAGUGUUUUCUGAACUUGGAAGAGUCCCUGAUAACAUCAAGAGGAAUAAAAAUGGAGAAUUUUGGGUGGCAUUAAAUAGUGGAAGAGGAAAGAUUCAGAGCUUGGAUAAUAAGCAAGAAACGUAUGGUGGAUGGUUUAUGAAUGAUCCUGUAGGAAUAAAGUUCAGUGAGGAUGGGAAUAUAUUGAAGGUGUUGGAUGGAAAUGGUGGGAAGAUACUUGAGUCAGUCAGUGAAGUUGAAGAACACAAUGGAGGGUUGUGGAUAGGAUCUCCUGUGCAGCCUUAUGUUGGUUGCGUCAAGAAUUAGCACUUGAGAUUAGAAGUAAUUAUAUUAACUGAAUAGAAUAUAUUGUAUAUUGCAAGAAAUUUAUAUGCAGAUAAGAGAAUUCAGUUGUGAUAUUAAUAAAAUGUAAUUCCCUGUCUCAUUUGCCUGAGACACAUUGAUUGUCAAGAUUAAUCAGGUCUAUGUUACUGUCUCUAUUCCAUCCUGGAGAGAGCUGUGACUGAGGAGUUCAAGAAGAUUAAAGCAUCUGUCAUUUUUCA